AUGAGUGAGUCCGUUGAGCUGGAGCGACUGAUAAAUUGCACCCAGGCGACCAUUCAUCGGUUUCCUUGGUCGACGGACUACAAUACUACCGUCAUCAGCGAGCUGAAUCGAACGGAAGUGCUCGACGUGCUGGGAGAGAUGAUCACCAAAAGCCGAGGAUACGUGCCAAAAUCAGGCGACCUGAUAACACUCAGAGAGUUUAUUACGGAGUGCCUGUUCCCGACUACAAAAAGCCCGUACGAGCUUCCCUGGCAGCUGAAGUCCGCGUGGGGAGUGGUGUUCGGCGCGAUGUUGUUGGUCGCCAUCACUGGCAACAGCAUUGUCCUUUGGAUCGUGCUCGCUCAUCGCCGAAUGCGCACUGUUACCAACUACUUUCUUCUGAAUUUAAGUGUCGCAGACCUGCUGAUGUCCUCGUUGAAUUGCUCCUUCAACUUCAUCUUUAUGCUCAAUUCCGACUGGCCUUUCGGAUCAGUUUACUGCACGAUAAACAACUUCAUGGCCAACAUGUCCGUCGCAUCGUCUGUGUUUACGCUUGUGGCAAUAUCGUUCGAUCGAUACAUAGCAAUAGUUCACCCACUGCGCCAUCGUACGUCUCGUAAGAAAGCUCGAAUCUUUCUACUAAUAAUCUGGGCGUUGAGUUGUGUUCUGGCGGCACCGUGCCUCAUGUACUCCACUGUGAUGACGAAGCGGUACAACAAUGGUAAAACGCGAACUGUGUGUUACAUGCUCUGGCCAGAUGGGCGGUACCCAACUUCGAUGGCAGAUUACAUCUACAACCUGGUGUUCCUGAUACUCACUUACGGGAUUCCGAUGCUGAUCAUGAUCGUGUGCUAUUCGCUGAUGGGUCGAGAGCUAUGGGGCAGCCGAUCGAUAGGGGAACAUACCGAGCGGCAACUGGAAUCGAUGAAAUCGAAGAAAAAGGUAGUCCGAAUGUUUAUCAUUGUCGUCACAAUAUUCGCUAUCUGCUGGCUACCAUAUCAUUUGUUCUUCGUGUACGCGUAUCACAACAAUCAAAUGACUUCCUCCAGUUACGUGCAGCAACUGUACUUGGGCUUCUACUGGCUCGCGAUGUCAAACGCGAUGGUCAAUCCUAUCAUUUACUACUGGAUGAACGGUCGGUUCAGGGUGUACUUCCAGGAAAUUAUCUGCUUCUGCUGUUUGCAGUUCAUCAAUUCACGCAUGCCCGAUGGUGUUCCACAGGGUGUGCUGUUGAACAAGAAUUCCAAUUCCGAGCUAGGGCGAUAUCGUUCGUAUCGCCAGCGGUCCGUGUCGGUGCGAUGGCGCCCACAAAGUGUUGAAGAGUACCGAAUGCGAACUGGGAUGCCUCGACCGGCCCAUUUGAGUGUGAACGUGAUAGAGAAUGCGGCCAACGGUGACAAGCAAGCGACCACGGACAUUGCCGAACUGCAGACUAUCAACUUCUUGCACCUGAAUCACAACUCGAGCGAGCUGAAACAUAGCUCUUCAAACAGCCACGAAUUCUCCUGA